CGCGGAGAUUCACAAUUUUUAUGCUGGUGUUUAUCACAUGUCCAACACUGUCAUACUGGGCGGUUUUUCAAAUAGAAACAUGCGACUUCUUUUAUGACCACGAUUUGCGUAUCUGGAGGUUUGGUGGGCAUACUUGUAGUGUAAUCUUAUCGAUAUACAUUGAUAUGAUUUAUAAUAUCAGCCUCUUUGUACUCAUAGCUUUUUUCGAUUUGGUUACUCUUCUCAAACUGCAAACGAUAAGAAAGAAUACAUCAAGCAGUAAAUUUUGUGCAGCUCCCGCAGCAGAGGAGAUGAAGCAUAAAAAGGAAGUAAAGCUUUUUGCACAGGCCUUCUUAAUUUCAAUUGUAAAUUCUGUUAUGUGUAUUUGUUUCAAUUGGAUUUCUGCGUACAUACCCAAAGGAUUCUGUUUGUUCCUAUGCACCACUUAUGCAUGGGAAUUAUCCCAUGUUUUAGUGGGGUUUAUUCUCAUCUGGUUCAAUCCUGAGAUACGACGGCAUCUUGUGGGUGUGCAGCAUUUUUUAAACUACUUAACAAACCCAACCAGUACUAUAGAUAUAUUACAUAUGUCGAACCACGCACCAUCAAGAAACUAAAAAAGUGUCCAAGCACGUCGAGAAGCAGACUCGUA